UUUCAGUUAUAAAUACAUUGCGAAUUAAUGAACACUUUCUUCUAAUUUAAUUUUAAAUACCAAAUAUAAAUGAUUUCGAAAUGAAUAUGAAUGGAUUCGAACAAUGGGGCGGUUAUAUGGAAGCAAAGAUAAAAAAGCUGGAAGAGCAAUUUUCUGAUACUACCAAUCUCUAUCGACGUUCUACUUUAUUUACAGGGAUUUCUAUUUACGUAAAUGGUCUAACCAAUCCUUCAGCUGAUGAAUUGAAACGAAUAAUGAUGGUACACGGUGGAACCUAUCACCAUUACGAACGUUCUCAUACUACUUAUAUUAUAGCUUCUAAUUUGCCAGACGUAAAAGUACGCAAUAUGAAUACCAGUAAAAUUAUUAGUCCUCAGUGGGUAGUGGACUGCGUAAAGGCAAUGCGUAUUCUGGAUUACACACGAUAUUUAUUGUAUACAAAUCAAAAAGGAACGCAGCCACGAUUGGCUUUUAAGAAAAGUAAUCAAGAUGAAGUAGAAAAUGUCUUCAGCGAAAACGAAAUUUGUGGUGCUAUACAAGGAAAAGGCGAUUCACCUACAGCAACCGCUUCUGACAAAGCCAUUAAAAAGGAAACUGCACGCACUGCUGUCGAUCCACAAUUUCUUUCGGAAUUUUAUAAUAAUUCGAGAUUACAUCAUAUUGCAACGCUCGGUGCUAGUUUCAAACAAUAUGUGUCUGAUUUGCGUGAGCGCCAUUCGACGAAUGAUUUUCCAGCGCGUUUAAAACUAAAAGAACGGCUAUAUGGAAAUAUUAAAGCAAGUAACCGUAUGUCAUCUGUUUCAUGGAUAAUGCAUAUUGAUAUGGACUGCUUCUUUGUAUCGGUGGGCCUACGCAAGCAUCCCGAGCUAAGGGGUAAACCAGUAGCUGUAACGCAUUCAAAAGGUGGGAUGAGCGCUAAAGAGGUGCCCAUUCAUCCUGGUGUUGACCGAAAAACUGAAAUGGAAUUGUUUGCAAAUCGUUUUGACCAACAUUUACACAACAAUGUACUAUCUGAUAAGGUUCGUGGGGGUUUCGAAGCUAAAAUGUCUCUUUCAGAGAUUGCUUCGUGUAGCUAUGAGGCACGCGCCAAAGGUAUUCGGAAUGGGAUGUUUGUCGGACAAGCUUUAAAUUUAUGUCCCGAUUUGAAAACUAUCCCAUAUGACUUUGAAGGCUAUCGUGAAGUUGCGUAUACCUUAUAUGACACCAUAUCCCAGUAUACGUUAAAUAUCGAGGCAGUAAGUUGUGAUGAAAUGUUUGUUGAUCUAACAGAGGUUUUGGAUGAGAUUCAAGUAGAACCCAUGGAUUUUAUACUUGCCGUGCGUGAAGAAAUACGCACAAAAACUGGUUGUCCAUGCUCUGCAGGUGUUGGAGGAAAUAAGCUGCAAGCGCGCAUGGCUACAAAACGCGCCAAACCAGAUGGUCAGUACCUAUUACUUCCUGAUGUUGCUGAGGAGUACUUGGCAAAUAUAAAAAUAGAAGACUUGCCAGGUGUAGGAAGCAGUACUGCCUACACGUUAAAGCAGUACAAUUUAAUAACAUGUGGAGAUCUACAAAAGGUUUCGCUGGUAAAAUUACAAAUGCAUGUUGGGAAGAAAUUUGGCGAGACGCUAUAUCACUUUUGCCGUGGCGUCGAUAAUCGUCCACUUAUCUACGGGCAGAUACGUAAAUCUGUUUCAGCGGAAGUAAAUUAUGGCAUUCGUUUCAAAGAAUUCAGUGAAUUAGAAACGUUUCUUCGACAGCUAUGUUCUGAAGUACAUACUCGACUUAGUGAUAUAAAACGCCGCACGAAAUGUAUUACAUUGAAGCUAUUAGUGCGCGCCAAAGAUGCCCCACUAGAGGCUGCGAAGUUCAUGGGGCAUGGUGUUUGUGAUAAUAUAACAAAAUCAGUCUCAUUAUCCGAGUUCACUUGUGACGUGGAUGUGAUUACACGUACAGUCUUAACAACAAUGAAAGCUUUAGCAGUACCGCCUAACGAAUUGCGUGGUAUUGGCAUUCAACUAUCUAAACUAAAUGACCCUAAUGAGGAUAAGGAACGGAAAAAGAAUGUCAUAAUGAAUAUGUUUAACAAGGUGGAGAAGCGAAAAGAGAAAGUCACAGAUUUGGUUAACAAUGAAAGCAAUCCUAGUGGAGUAAGUGAAAAACAUGAGAUACGAAAAUGUGAGGUAACAUUAAAUGAACAAAAAGAAGCCCUGUCCGUUAAAACCUUUGGAAAACGGACUCGUGGCAGGCCUGCAUGCAACUCUUUAGACAAAAAGUGUAAAAAAACUCCCGAUAUAUUGGGUUUAAUGCAGCACAUGGCUACCAAGCAACCCGCGCUGUCAGGACUCAACUUGGGUAAUAAUCCCGCAAUUCCGAAAAAUAUAGAUCCAGAUGUUUUUGCGGCUCUGCCUUUAGAUAUUCGUGACGAAAUAUUACAAGCUCAAAAGGAUUUGUUACAGAACUCAACAAAAACAGGGCUGCCGCCUCAUCCGCCAACUAGUCUGAAUUUAAGUACGCUAAAUGAAAGCGAUUUUCAACCGUCUACAUCUAAAGCAGCACAACUUAAGCAGCAAAGGAAAGCGCUGUAUAAGAACCAAAAAAAUCACACAACUACGGAGGUCGCAUCAACAGUGAUGCACAUAGAUCCUGAAUUUAUGGCUGCAUUGCCGCAAGCAUUGCGUAUAGAAGUUGAAAAAGAUUUGGCACAGCCACUUGAAAAAUAUCAAGCUACAGUACCAGAAGAAAGAUGCAAAAGUCGAAUAAAUGUUGGUAAUGCCGAACAGUGUUCUAGAACACAAGUGUCUGUUGAGAAUUUGUUCAUGCAAACAAAUUGCAAUCAAUUGCUUUUAGCUUGGCUGAAAAGUGCAGACGUGCCAGAAAUAUAUGACAUUGAGUUAAUUGCUAUACACGCAGGUGAACUGGUCAGGGUUGACGAAAUAGACAGGCUCUACACUCCUCUACUUUAUUUUUGCAGAUUACUAAAUCAACAGAAGAGCGAUGGUACUCCCAGUAAUUGCAUAUGGCAUAAAGCAUAUCUGAGCAUAAUUAAAGUCGUACAAAAGGAAAUGGAAAAGGCUUAUGACGGCCGAAGCUUGUAUUUAAGCGUAAAGUUGAAAUGUGAUAAGUGCCUUCGUCUUGAUUUGGAAUAAAAUAUUUUGCUUCA